CUAGAAUAACAAAUAAAGGCACAAACUGUGAGAUAAACACAGAUAUUGAAAGGAAGGGGCAUUAGAUCCCUGCCGGAAGCAUAUCCAAUCAAGGUCCCUCAAUUGGUGGGGUUGUCCUUGUGAACACCCCCAUCUUUAAAAUAAAAGGGGAUUCCUUGUUUUGAGAAUUUGCUUACAUUGCAGGAUCAGAUACCUCUUUUUUCUUUUUCUUUUUUCUUUCUAUCUUCCUGUGAAUCAUAUACUUUUUAUUUUAUUUUGUGCUGUUAUUCUCAUUUGGGUUGAUUGUUAUCUUUAUUUGGGGACUAUGGAGGGUGAGAAGAAGAAGUACAUCACCUCUGAGGAGCUUAAGAAGCACAACAAGCAAGGUGAUUUGUGGAUAUCAAUACAGGGUAAGGUUUACAAUGUCUCAGAUUGGGUCAAGGAUCAUCCUGGUGGAGAAGUUCCAAUAUUGAACCUUGCUGGCCAAGAUGUCACCGAUGCAUUCAUAGCAUAUCAUCCUGGCACAGCAUGGCAAUAUCUUGAUAAACUCUUCACUGGGUAUCACCUCAGGGAUUUCAAGGUCUCCGAGGUGUCCAAGGAUUAUAGGAAGCUUGCAUCUGAGUUUGUAAAAAUGGGUCUUUUUGAGAAGAAAGAGCAUGUCACUUUAUACACACUAACCUCUGUUGCUGUUAUGUUUGCUAUUGUUCUUUAUGGCAUCCUGGGAUGCACAAGCGUGUGGGCUCAUUUGGGUUCUGCCAUGUUGUUGGGUUUGCUUUGGAUGCAAAGCACUUAUGUGGGUCAUGAUUCUGGUCACUAUGAGGUUAUGUCAAGUCGUGGUUAUAACAAAUUGGCACAAGUUAUUUGUGGGAAUUGCUUGACUGGGAUAAGCAUUGCCUGGUGGAAGUGGACGCAUAAUGCUCAUCAUAUUGCUACAAAUAGCCUUGACUAUGAUCCUGAUCUGCAACAUAUCCCAGUUUUUGCCGUGUCUUCUCGUUUUUUCAGUUCAAUACAAUCUUAUUUCUAUGGGAGGCAGUUAAAGUUUGAUUCUUUAACCAGGUUUCUGGUGAGUUACCAGCACUGGACAUUUUAUCCAGUCCUGUGCUUUGCCAGGGUCAACUUGUACCUGCAGACAAUUUUGCUCUUGUUUUCAAGGCGUAAAGUCCCAGAUAGAACCAUGAACAUCUUGGGAAUCCUUGUGUUUUGGGUUUGGUUCCCUCUUCUUGUUUCUUGCCUGCCAAAUUGGUCAGAAAGGGUCAUGUUUGUGCUUGCUAGCUUUGCUGUUUGUUCCAUCCAACACCUUCAAUUUUGUUUGAAUCACUUUGCUGCUAAUGUGUAUCUUGGGCCACCAAAUGGCAAUGACUGGUUUGAGAAGCAGACAAGUGGGACAUUGGAUAUCUCUUGCUCAUCUUGGAUGGAUUGGUUCUUUGGUGGUUUACAAUUCCAGCUUGAGCACCAUUUGUUCCCUAGGCUUCCCAGGGCACAAUUAAGGAAGGUUUCACCAUUGGUGAUAGAUCUAUGCAAGAAACAUAAUUUGCCUUAUAGGAGCUUGUCUUUCUUAGAGGCCAAUCUAUGGACUCUCAAGACCCUAAGGACUGCUGCCCUACAAGCCAGGGAGGUGACUAACCCUGCAGCCCAUAAUUUGUUGUGGGAAGCUUUUAAUACUCAUGGCUGAGAGUAUAUGGGGUUUUUGCCCAUUUUAAGAUAUUAUUAACAUCUUAUUGUCAGUUUAUUACAUUUCUUAUUGGGCAUUGAAUUUUAUUUCUCCCUUUUUUUUAGGUGCUGUAUAAUAAUGAUGAACACAGUUCAUGUGUUCUACAUGUCAUCAAUACAAUAUUCAGAUCAUAUUUUCUUUUUCACCUGUUUUCUUUUUUUGGUAGAACUCCAUUGGCAUAUGGUUGUUAACAUCUGAUACUUGUAAU